UUCUGUGAAAAUGAAAAAUUCGCUUACGGAAGUGUUUCGAGUAAAUUUUGAUGAUUUUCGAUUAAUUUUGAAUAAAUAGGGGACUAAUAUUUCAAAUUAUAAGUUAGUACUCUCUCUUAUGUUAUUCGUUGGAUACCGUUGAAUUUAAUAUCCUCCAUUAUGCACGAUCCGUACGAAUGGUACCCCAUUCUGAAGCUCAAUUCUCAAAUCGAUGCUGUUGCUGCCUAUGAUGAAAAUUUACUGGUGGGUACGAAACAAGGCCACCUUAUUAUGUACAGCGUUACUAGGAAAUCACCGGAUCAGAAAUACGAGGUUCAACUUCUAAGAUACAACAAGAAUUUUUACCGGAAACCUAUUCAGCAAUUGUUCGUCAUAGCGCCGUUAAAUAUUCUAAUUAUUCUAGUCGAUAAUAUGAUCUACGUUCAUGACCUGUCAUCGAUGAACUUUCCACUGAUUACAUCGUUACCGAAAACCAAAGGAGCCAAUUUAUUCACCGUCGAUAUCAAAAACCAGACUGAUAAGUCGUUGACGCUCAAACAAUCGUACAUAGUUCGUUUGUGUGUAGCUGUGAAGAAAAAAUUGCAACUGUUUUACUGGAAAAAUAAAGAAUUCCUGGAAUUUGGUGAAGAUAUUUCGAUCUCUGAUUAUGCUAAAUCGCUAGCGUGGUGUCAAGAAACAAUUUGUGUUGGUUUUAAAGCAGAAUACGCUCUGAUUCAGCUCGGAGAAAAAAACAAACAACAGGAGCUUUUUUCUACUGGUAGAAAUAUGGAACCGAAUGUGAUAAAGUUGAAUGAUUCCACGUUCGCUUUGAUUAAAGAUUCUCAGUCAGUUUUUGUCGAAACCGAUGGAAAUUUAUUGGUGAAAAAUGCCGUUAAAUGGACCGAAAUGCCGUUAGCUGUUGCUUACGAUGAACCUUACAUCGUUGCUCUAUUGAACGAUUCGGUCGAAGUACGAGCCGUCCAACCUACUUUAUUGGUACAAUCAAUGAAAAUAUCUAAUCCUCAGCUGAUCUGCUAUUGUUCUUCCGGAGUUCUCUACGUUUCGGCCGAUUUUCACGUCUAUCGCGUUCAAGCCAUUCCUGUUGCUCGACAAAUCAAGACCCUCAUCGAUGAAAGACAGUUCCAAUUAGCGUUGCAAUUAUGCAAUAUAUCCGAUGAACCCGAAGCUGAAAAGAUGAAAAAUAGGCACCAAAUACAAACCCUUUACGCUUACGAUUUAUUCAGCAGUAAACAAUUCACCGAAUCUAUGAAGCAAUUCCUAGCAUUAGAUACAGAUCCUUACGAUGUUAUUAGACUGUUUCCGAAUUUUUUGCCUCAAAAUGGACCGCCUGGUUCAGAAGAUUCUACACCAUCCGAAGGACCACCAAAAUUCCAGAAUAGAGAUCAGGAAAAAAGCAUUAUGGCAUUGAUCGAGUAUUUGACUGAAGCACGAUUGUUAUUAAUGCAAAAGAAGAAAGAUCCUGCUGAGCGAGAUCAGACACUUCAAAUAAUUGAUACAACUUUAUUAAAAUGUUAUUUAAACACCAACGAUGCAUUAAUUGCUCCGCUACUGCGAUUGAACAAUUGUCACAUUGUGGAUACGGAGAAAACUCUUAAAAAACAUAAAAAAUACAGCGAAUUAAUUAUUUUAUACGAAACAAAAGGUCUUCAUCACAGAGCUUUGGAACUUUUAGAAAAACAAGCCGAUCAAGCGGAUUCCAGUUUACGAGGACACGAAAGAACUGUUCAGUAUUUACAACGUUUAGGUAAAGAGAACAUUGAUUUAAUAUUCCAAUUUGCUGGCUGGGUUCUGGAAAGACAUCCGGAAGAUGGAUUGAAAAUAUUCACCGAAGAUAUCCAAGAAGUGGAACAAUUACCAAGACCUAAAGUGCUCGAUUACCUUAAUAGAACUAAUAAAUCUUUAGUUAUUCCGUACUUGGAACACGUUAUUUACAUUUGGAACGAUACGAAUCCUCUGUUACAUAAUGCUCUAGUGCAUCAGUAUCGAGAAAAAGUACUCCAGUUAUGCGAUCCUUCUAGUCCUGCGGCGGAUCAAGUAGCUGGUCAGAAUAUUCGAUCGAAAAUGAUUAAUUUCUUAGAAACAUCGGAUUAUUACGUUCCAGAAACCGUUCUAACUCAUUUUCCUUUCGACUAUUUACACGAAGAACGAGCCGUUCUACUGGGCAAAUUCGGUCGUCAUGAGAAAGCUCUAACUAUCUACGUUACCGUAUUAAACGAUAUCGAAAAAGCUGCCCAUUAUUGCGAACGUGUUUACAAAGAGGGCAAAUCCGGUUCUGAAAAUGUGUACAUCAUUUUAUUACAGUUGUUGAUCAGUCCGCCGGAAAGUUGGCUCGUUGGGGUGACUCCUCCGGUACCUCCGAAACCUGAUAUUGAAAUGGCGUUGACUUUACUCGAAGGAAAUGCUUCGAAAAUACCUCCAGCGAAAGCUUUGAAAAUUUUACCUAAAGACAUUCCCGUGUAUAAAAUUAAUCAUUAUUUGAAUAUUAGUCUCGGUCAGCAUUUAACGGAUAAGAGAAAUAAGCAAAUUUUAAGAGGUCUGUUGUACGCCGAACAUUUACAAGUUCAAGAACAAAGAAUUCAGUUCGAGUCUCAGAAUAUGUUGUUGACCGAGUGGAAUAUUUGUUCGGUUUGCAAAAAGAAGUUCAGCAACCAAAGUGCUUUCAUUCGGAAUCCGAAUGGCGAUGUUAUUCAUUUCUCGUGUCAAGAUACACAAAAACGACUGAGUUGAUAUUUUCAUUCAAUACUUGAUGUGUAAUUUCCUCGACUCAUUUGUUAUCUAUUAUCUUUUAUCAUUGUUUUUACUCGCAUUGUUAUUAUUAUAAUAAAUAUUCUGUUUCAUA